AUGUCACAUACACCAACAAAUCCGGAAAUCCUAGAAACAGUGACAAAACCCACACCGCCGCAAAAAGUCAAAGAUCCGCGUCGAGUCGCGGCGGGAAAAAGAUUGGCGGCCAUCAGUCAGCAGGCGAAAGCCAACAAGAAAGCAAGGCUGGAAGCGGAAGCAAGUAUCGAACGGGAAGAUGAUGAGGAAAAAACUUCGAUGUUUUCCAUGGAAAGAAUAUGUACGGUCUUCGGAUUAGGAAUAGGACUCGGAUCUCUAUAUCUUGCGUGGCGAAGUAGUCACGAGAAGGAUGAGGAGGAAGAAAGUUCCGCGAAAGACUUUUCGAAAGAUGAAGUAUCCGUGGAAAAAAGUCCCGAGAGAGUACCCUUUGACGACUUGUUUGAUUGA